GAAAAGAAGAGGAAGUCUAAAUCUUCUACAGAUUUGGGGCCAUGAAAGAAGCAUCUCUGAAGAGGUUUUGUAGAGCACAAAAGCUGCCACAGGCUGUGUAAAAGGCCAGACAAGAGGAACCCUCCCACAUAAAGUCAUGAAACUGUGACCACAGCAAGAGCCGGGAAAGUGCUGGGGGUGAGGGUUAAACAAAGCACACAAAUACCAGGUAAGGUCUGCCAUCCUCAUGGGCUUCACAGCAAACUAGGUAUCCUCUCCUUCAGCUCUCAUCACCUGAGCCUGCACAGUGACACUUCAGAUGUCCAACUCCUAUGACCAAGAAGCUGGAUGAAGGAACAUAAUUGUGUUCCGGGGGUAUUUAUGGAGUGCAACAACUAUUCCUAAAUUCAAUUAAACUAUGACGCCAGAAAAUCCCCACCCAGAAGAAUACAGGAUUGCAUCACUGGUAUUCUACAGCUUUGUGUUCACAGUGGGAUUGUUGGUGAAUGCCACUGCACUAUGGGUGUUCAGCUGCACUACCAAGAAGAGAACAACUAUAACUGUAUAUAUGAUGAAUGUCGCAUUACUUGACCUAGUUUUCAUAUUUUCUUUGCCUUUUCGGAUAGUCUACCACGGGACAGAAAUGUGGCCUUUUGGAGAUACAUUCUGCCGGAUCCUCGGGGCUUUCACUGUGUUUUAUCCAGCCAUUGCUCUGUGGCUGCUCGCUUUUAUCAGCGUAGACAGAUUUAUGGCUAUUGUUCAGCCCAAACAUGUCAAAGAGCUAAAAAAUACAAAAAAAGCUGUGCUGGCUUGCACCGGAAUCUGGAUAAUGACCCUCUCAACAACAUCCCCCUUGGUGUUUUUACGAUCUGAUCCAGACCAAGCCUCAAAUUUCACCACCUGCAUGAAAAUGCUUGAUAUCAUCCAUCUAAAGGAAGUAAAUACCUUGAAUUUUUGUCGCUUGAUUUUUUUCUUUCUGAUCCCCUUGUUCAUUAUGAUGGGGUGUUACCUAGUCAUUAUUUAUAAUUUUAUUCACGGCAAGACUUCCAAACUGAAGCCUAAGGCCAAGGAGAGAUCCAUAAGAAUUAUAGUCACUCUGAUUGCUCAGGUACUCAUCUGCUUUGUACCUUUCCACAUUUGCUUUGCCUUCCUGAUGCUGCAAGAUGAAAAUACAAGUUACAAUCCCUGGGCAGCCUUUACCACCUUUCUCAUGAAUCUCAGUACAUGCUUGGAUGUUAUACUGUACUACAUUGUUUCCAAACAAUUCCAGGCAAGAGUCAUCAGUGUAAUCCUUUAUCGCAAUUACCUUCGAAGUGUGCGCAGGAAAACUUUUCGAACUGGAAGUGUAAGAUCACUCAAUAAUAUGAACAGUGAAAUGAUAUAAAAAGAGAAAUAAUGUCAGGGGACUUUUACAAUGUAAGCAAGUCUUUUUUUUUUUCCAAAUUCUAGCACUUGGUUACACAGAAAAAUGUUCUAUAACCAAAGGUAACAUAUAUAUUUGUUGCAUUGUAAAUAUGACAUAAGCAGAAUAAUAAUUUUUCUCUCUUUUUAUUUGCUCAACAUCUUUUGUUGUUUCACCUGAAAUGAACUAAAACCUAGCAUCAGUGUUAAACUUUCCAAUGCUUUUAUCACCUCAAAUGACUGACUAGCGUCAGAUG